AGUGUGUAUCUGGAUGCGAGCGAGCUGGGCGAGCUAGUGUUGUGCAAAGGAAGCGGUGCUUGCUUCGGAUGCUUUGCCUAUUGGGCUAGUUGUUUGUCGGGUGGCCACUGCUGCUCCUGUUAUUAUUAGUGCUUGUGAGGUUGUGAGGACCAAAUCGAAGGAUACCUGCCUGCUAGCUUGUUUGUCCUUUGUUAUCAUUCGUGGAUCCUGUAUUUCUGCCAGCACCAAUACAACCGCCGUCUUCGUCGGAUCUGUUCAUUGAAUCAUCUACACGUUGCCGUUCAUAACCGCUACUGCCAGUUUUGUGCUGCUGCGGGGGUUCAGUUAAAUGUCGUAGACGAAACAUCCCCUGCCGGAAUGGGAGAUUCGGACUACGGAGCGGCGAUGCCCGAGGCCCUGGAGAAACCCCCGCCUCCUCCCGAAAUGCAGGCGCUUGCCUCCCCUGCCGACAAUAACAAACAAGACAACAUAGAUAUAGAGACAAACAAAGCAAACGGAGGAGGCGAACAAUGCACCAAUACCAACACACGCAGUAAUAAUACUGCCGAAACAAAUAACAACGUAAAUAAUGAUGAUUCACCUGAAAAAUCGGUCAAAAGCAAUGGUGAUGUGGUACAGUCCGGCGAGUCUCGCCCCAGUCACGAUGACAGCAUCGAUCGUCAAAGCGACCUCGACCUACGCCUAAAUGAGUCUUCUGAAUCACUCGUGGAGCUCGAUGAGGUGUGCUUAGAUGCGGCUGCAGCUUCGACGAAAUCGAUCAGUAAAAAGCUACCAGCCGAGCUGCAAAGCUCAGAUGGAUCUCUUGAUACUGCUGUCACCCCAGGCUUUUCAUCGGAGCACCCGAUUAACCCUAGACAUUCAAUCGGCCCAGAGCCCAAAGAACAAGAAGCGUCUGCCGAUGAGUCGCCUCGUGUUGAAGCAUCUGUUACAGACAAUGAGCUUGGAACAGGUACUCCAGGGGUUGUAGAUUCGCACCAGAGCCAAAUAGAGCAGCCGGUAUCACCGGCAAAAGUGAGUGGAAGUAACGAUUCAGUAGAGAGUAGCUCUUCAUCGGUUAACGUCACUACACCUCCUUCAAGCGCAGGCAAUUUGCCGCAAGUUCGGAGUACCAGCCCUGAGAUCGGCGAGGGCGAGGCAGCACCGUCCGAAGACGUCGUUACCAUCGUCGUGAUGGAGAAAGAUGAUGAGGAAGAACUGAGCGAGGAGGAAACCGGCCAAGAGCACCUGCCAGAGGAUAACGAAGCCGAGACUAGCACUCCAAUGGAAAACGAUGAUUCGGGUGAAGCUAGUGGUUCCGGUGAGCCCGCCGUUAAACUGGUAACCAUUGAGGACGGUAAAGAAGAUGAGGCCGCAGCCGGUGAAGACUUGAAACAGGAGCCGGAAGGACGGACGGACAAUGAGGCUACUCCUGCGGCUGCCACUGCCCCUAUUGACAGCGACAGCAGCUCAAGGGAGGCGGAGCAAGCCGAGAGCAGCUUUCUUAUCCUGGGCUCUGACCAUAGCUCUGGAGAGUCGGGAGGCGAGGAAUCGAGUAAAAGUAAAGAGAACGGGGAUGUUGACAAUGUCUCAGCGAUUCGGGUUUCCUCUUCUGGCGAUGCGCCUCUAACAAAAACUGGCAACAGUGAGCAGGACGGUGAAAAAACGCAUUCAUCUCCGGAAGAGAUGAAUGACGAACGUUUUGCCGAAAUCGAGAGUUUGGUUGCGGCAUUCGAUCGUCCCGAAGAUGAGUUUAAUGACGGUCAGCCUGGAUCCGCUCAAACGGUAAGGGUGAAAAGAGAAGCUAUCGCCGAUAGUCAACCGACGGUGUUGCAGGGAAAAGUGCAAAAGAAACGUGGACGUAAGAGCAAAGAGGAAAAGGAGCGUCUUGCGAGAUUGGCGGAAAACCUAUCAUCAGAAGACGCGAGUGACGACAGCAAAAAUAAAAGGUUCAAAUCUGAGAAGUGGGCUAGCGGUCUCCGAGUAAAGUCGGAAAAGCUAAGUGAAAGUAAGCACCGAAAAUCAGCAAUGGCGGCUGCGGUGGCUCUUGACCCGGUUCCGAGUGGUGAGGUAAAAGAGCAAAAAAUUCAGAAAGCUCGACGUACUGGUGGAGCGCCAACGAAAAAAGAGACACAAAGGCUUGACAGCGUAGCUGGUGGUAGCAGCUCAGAGCUUGUUGUUGACGCUGUGGCUGGAAGCCAAAAGGAUAUACCUACUGUUGUUGGAAACGGCAAGCUUCGUGUACAUGGCUAUGACCGAGUAAACCCACAAACAGGCCUACCUGAGCUAGUCACCGUCAACCGAGAGGCGCUUGAGAAAGUUAUAUCGGAACAGAAUGGCCAAAUGCAACGCAUGAAGGCUAAACUCAAAGAAAUGUACAAGGUCUGCGACGAUCUCCGCAAGGUUGUUUUAACAAAAGGACUUCAAGAGGCAGUGUUAACACCAGAGGAAGCAGCUAUACCAGUCGACGUCACAAUCCGGAUGGCAAAACUGCCCCCUAAGGGUCUGCAGACGGGCCACGUGUUGAUGGCACAGGGCGAGUCGACAGCAGCUAAGAUGAAGACCCCGAAAGCGGUGGUCAAAGGAAGCGGUGGUCAUGGCGACUCCGGCGUGAGCGCGGCAGCAUCUGCCGCAAUCGCCAGUACGUCUCAUGCCUUGCCUGUAAAAGUCUCGCAACUCGGCAAGCUGCAACAGGCCAUUAAAGGGGACAGCGCGAUGUUGGCCAAGGUUGCAAAGCAAGUUGACCAGCCCGCUGUCGCGAAGGUCGAUCACAAUCAAGUUGUCGACAAGGUUGCGCCUGUCGACGGCGGAAAUGUCGGCACUACCGCCAAACCGGUUGGCAAGCCUGACCGAUCAAACGAUGUGGAUGACAACUUCAUAGAACAGACCCGGGACCUUGUUGACGCACUGCCCAAGGACAUCGUGCGAGCGCUCACCAAUGGCGAUGUGUUAACUGCCCAGCAACGCCAGCGUUUCAUCGACAAGAUCACAAUGGACAUUAUGAAAGCGAAGGGAGUGCCGCAGCCAAAACAGAUUCAGGAGAUCGCCCUCCAAGUAGCAAACAUGUAUCCAAGAAGUCUCGUGAUCCUACCGGAAGGAAAGCGGAAGAGCAACCUACGCCGGAAGCGGGGCGAAACCGAUGAUGGCAGCGAACACACUGUUGCAAAGAAACCUCGAUUUUCACAGAGUGGCGCUUUGUCAUCAACGCAAUCUUCGCCCGUGGGAGGCAUUCACCAAGUGGCUAACGCAGGCAAGACACCUGUGAAAGCGGCCGCUACCUCCAUGUCUGCAGACGAUACUCCCGCGCCCAAACGAAGGGGUCGGCCGCCUAAAAAUCCUCAAGGUACGCCAGGCGCUGCAGCUGCUUCCCCAUCUUCUACUGUGUCCGGUAGUCCUGCCGUCGCGUCUAAGAGCCCUGCACCUGUCUCUAAACUCGUGUCUGCCUGCAAAAGUUCUAUCACCAGUCCUAAGUACCCUGUCACUGCUUGCAAGAGCCCUGUAAUUUCUUCUAAAGGUCUUACUGUCGCUUCUAAAAGUCCUGCAAUAGCCACUAAAAGUACUGUAUCGGUCCAAGGAGCUCCUAUGGCCGCGUUAGUAAAUGCGGCCGUAGCCUCUAAAGGUCUCAUAGUCGCUUCUAAAAGUCCUGCCAGCGUUUCUAAUAUCUCUAUAACUGUCAAACCUUCUAUUACUAUCGCUACUACGAAAACACUUGUAAUAGCCUCUAAGAGUCCUGCUAUAUCGAAAGUAUCCCCCGAUAUAGCUCCUGAAUUAUUGCCAAAAGCACACAACAUCAUAACGCAGGCCAGUGUAUCCCCAAAAGCCACAAAGAGUAGUCCUGUUAAGGAGACAGCGAAAACCUACAAAAGCAGUCCGGUUAGGGAUAACACACAAGCGCCGAAGGCAUCGAUAGCGCCUGGAAGUCCACGAAAGGGUAUUCCAGAAACAUCAACAACUAGUCAGCCGUCGCCGUCGAUGCCCCAGGCUUCGUCGCCCCGAAAAGUGAAUGGUGGAGCAACUUCGCCCGCCAUUGUAGCUGGACUAACACCUGUGGCAAAAAAACGCGGCAGACCUAAGAAGGAGGCAACCAUUCCUACAGCGACCGUCGCAUCAGCCGAGGAGCUCUCAAUGACUCCUGAUGCACAAAAGGCGUGGCUUCGGGAGGACCUGCAACGGCCGGCGGAGGAGCAGGACAGGGCCAAGCAGGAACGCCUCCUGCAUAAUUGUUACGAUCUACUAUACCGGGAGAUGGCCGAGAAAAACUAUGACGUCAAAUACAUCACCGCCCAAUGGCCAGCACUUCGGGAGCCACUCCACGUUCUCAGUAUCUUCAAGCGCCUGAAGAAAGUCCAUGGAGAAUUUCAAAAACAAAUGCGACGGGAUGCCCCUAAACUUGUCACGUUCCUGCACGAGCGAGUUACUUCAGAGGAAGGUGCUGAAUGGUCACUGGCGAUCUCACAAGCCAAACCCGGGCCGCGUUACCACCUGCCUGAGGAAGUAGGCGUUAUGCCGUUGCUUGCACUGAACUUUGACGAAGACUUUGGUCUGCUCUUCAAACUAGUCCCGAACGAAGCUGCACUGCAAAAGUUGUUGCCCGAACUGGCCGUAUCGCAGCCCAUGAUCAUUGGAGUUGGUUCAUCAAUUUUCUCGUGCGAGUACCGAGUCAUUGUGGAGCGACAACAGUUUUUUACGCCGCCACCAACGACGUUCCUUGAUGCUCUCGAAUGGGUGUAUGCCGCCUAUUUCGUUUUCAACUUUGCUUAUCCUCGCGAGCUGAGUAACACCCUUGAAUAUGUCCAACGUUAUUAUGUUGGUUACAACCCCCAUAUCAAAAUGGUGACACUCGCCAAUAGCCGACCGAAGAUUGCGAAUUUCCUCAAGAAAAUGAAGGACUUCGAGCGAUUAGACUGGAACGCGAAUAAUAUUCGGGCGAACUCACCUGGCGUCCCUUCUGAUUUCGAACGUGAGUCCAACUCAGAGGACGAUCAGGAAGUUGACGAAGGAGCCAAGCCGGAGGCAAUGAACGUGAACGGUGAAUCUGCACAUAAGAUUAAUAACGACGAGAAUAUGGAUGAUGCCGCUGGAGACGGUCAUAAUCUCCACAGCAGGCUGCAAACAGAUGAAGUCGAACAGCUCAUCCAAGCAGCACCUCAGGACCAAGCUGAGCAUUUAGUUAACCCGUCAACAUCGUCGCGUCCGGUAUUCGCCGCUGACUCCGCAACAGCCACUAACUACAGUAGCUCUAGCAGUAUUCCGCAGACAUCACCUAACGAUGGAAGCGGUUUCACCAAGUCCUGAAGAUCACUUUUAUACAGAGCAAACCUGUCAUUGUUGACCGCUCGCACGGUUCUAACGGCGGCCAGCCCACACUUCAAAAGGAUAAAGAGCUAUGGAGAGCAGGACAGGGCCAAACAACAAAAUAAUAAUUAUAGGAUCAUAAAAAAAGUCGGUUAACUUAAAUGCGUACGAGACCAAAUCUAUGCGACUUGUACACGGCGACCCACCACACUGUCAGUAACAUGAUUCAUUCAGGCUGACGUCUUUUUGCCUUAUUAGAUUUAUGAGACGAAUCUUUUUCAACCGUUACUGACGUAAAUAACAUGGCCGCUGCGGCGACAUGACGUUUUCAGUUGGACAGCUCGACCUUGUCUAUUGAGGUAACUACAGGGAUUCACUUUGUAAAGUAUUAAGCCAAGAGAUGUAUCGAGAGAGAGAAAGUGGGUCGCUUAGCUGUGUUGUGCAAUGUUCGUAGUACUGAGAAAAGCAUUUUGACCAUGCUGAGAGAUUCGACCGGCAUAGCGUAGCAAGAAACCUAACCAAAAAAAGGCAAACAUGAGAAGGCUGCAAGUCAGUAUCACAGGCUGGGAUGGAUGUUGUGUCACACCAAUAUAGAAAAGUCGAGAGGGACGAUCAGUUAAUUUUAUGUCAUAUCUAUGAAUGGUGGCGUUUGUGUUUGUAUGUACCAGAACGAACCUAUAGAAAAUUAAGUAUUGGAUCGAUGUACCACUGAGCGCAGUUGUGUGUAAAUCGUUGCGAAAAUGAUGAAUAUAUCUGAGCAUGUGUGGACAACAUCUGUACGCUGUGCAUAGAGAUUAGGUCGCAUGGCAUUUUAUGCUUGUAGAAAGACAAUGAUGUCUCUGUUGAUUUAAUUGCGACGACAAAAACCGAUUAAAAAUAUAAGCUAAGACCAGAGAGACCGGGAGAAGGCGCGAGAGCGAAGAGUUAAAAUACACGUCGGUAAGAGAAAAUUUAUGUGAAUACGUCGAAAAUUGGGUCUAUCGGAGAUGAUCAAGUUAUCACAUUGUCCACGUAGAAACAUAAGCAUUCAUAAACAUAGAUAUUGCAUAUACGUAUUCAUUAAUAGCACGCGCAAGUAAAAUAUCAUCAUGACCUAAGGAGAGAAUGUC